AUGAUCUCGCCGCUGCCGUACCAUCGCACGCGCGGCAAGUCGCGCCUGGAGAUGCUGCACCUCGCGUUCGACCACCUCGAUCUCGACGGCAGCGGCGACCUCGCGCGGCACGAGGUCGUCGGCUUCUGCCGCGGGAUGAACCCGGAGGCGAGCGAGGAGGAGGUGCGCGAGAUGUUCCGCGCGAUGGACGAGGAGGGGGGCGACGACGACGGGCGCAUCGAUCGCGAGGAGUACAUUCAGGCGCGUUCUAUUGUACACUGGUCCCCAUACGACCGCGUCGGCGUGGUGAACGCCGAUCCUUAA